AUGGAGAAACUGGUAAUAAUCCAACAUAAUGUGCUUAAAUGGACCUUCAACAGAAGCAGGGAACUCACUGCCUACUACAAGAAAAUUGACCCAGACAUAUUACUUGAUGCAACUGGAAUUGUACAUGACACACCUCUGAAGAUUUAUGGGUACAGUGUGUACAAGCGGAACAUUCAUAAUGAAGACCGUGCAGGCAUAGCAGUAGCAAUAAAAAAGAACCUAGAGUACAAGCUUCUGGAUGAUUUUGUGGAGGAUGUACUUGCAGUGGAAGUCAGGACUAGAAGGGGACCAUUAGUCAUAGGUACAACGUAUCUACCACCGAGAAGGAGACUCUUCCCCAGAGAGGAUAUAAAGAAAAUUCUCCAAAGGCGACAGCCAUCCUACUUGUUCGGUGACCUAAAUGCUUCUCAUGGUCAAAUGGGCUUUGACAGAAAUAAUGCAAAUGGAGAUCAAGUGCAUGACCUAAUAAAUAGGGGGAUAGCCUCACACCUGGGGCAUGAUUUCCCCACCUUUGUAGGCAUAAAUUUAGGUAGACCGGACAUCCUUCUAGCAAACAGGCAAGCCCACCUGAACUAUGCACUUCAGCAAGGAGCAUUAACAUCCUCCAAUCAUCUACCAGUGAUCCUGACUCUAGCUACUGAAAGUAUUGUGAUUCCCACUGCUCCAAGAAACUGCCCCACAAAUGCAGACUGGGAAAAUGAACAGCCAGAAGUAAAGGAUAAAACAUACAUUGAUAAUAAGUUGAAGGAUUGGUUUGAUACCAUAGCAAGGGCAGUAAAAGAUAAUAUCCCUAUAAUAGGGUACAGGAUACUAAAAUCUCCAGAGAAUAGCAACCAACUCAAACUACUGCAGUGGCAAUUUGAAAACUUAGAAAGAGCCUCAAGAUUAAACAGAUGGUCAGGGGAGACUUUCCACAGGGCAAAACGACUACAAACCCUAAUAACUGAAGAAUCCAAAGUCCUCCAUGAUCAGCAUUGGGAAAGAAUAGUAAAAUCAGCUAACGAUCUGUAUGGACACCCAGCAAAAUUCUGGGAAAACAUCAGCCGACUACUGGGGAAAGAAGGUGAUUCGGCCCCAUACAUAACUGACAACAAUAGAAAAAUCUACCAAGAUAAUGAGAAAGAACUGGUGUUCAGAGAAUACUGUCAGAACAUCUUCAGAAUAACUGAUUAA